AUGCAGCGCUUCUUAUUCCUUAUCUCAUUUUCAUCUUUCAUAUCAUUUGUGGAAUUGAAAGAAGUGUUGAUUGGGUUGCAAACGGAUUCGAGUCGUUUCGUGGACACACUACGCAUCUUCAAUACAGCGUUGAACGAUGUGAAUAACGAGGAAGGAGCACAAGUGACAUUGGUCUUACCACAAGGCAUUGUAACGGGCACAGAUGGUUGCAAUGGGACAGAAACAAGUCCGAUUGGUCAAGGUGCUAAAAAUGUUUGUGAUCAACGCUACGUGAAUCACAUUCAAGCAGUUUUUGGGCCAGUUUGUGUCGAUGAUCUUCGCAUAAUCGAAUCAGCGGUGGGAAUUUGGGAGAUAACGAUGAUGAAUUUCUGGUCGGAUUACCCAUCCGAUGUGACGAUUGAGGAAGUGAUUCAGAUGAGUCGUCGCAGCUCUUACAAUAUUGUCUUCAACUUAGAAGCAAUACUUGAGCUGAUGAAAUGGACUGAAAUUGCUUUCUUUGUUUGUAUGGAUUGUUACGAUGAGGGAGUCAGAACGAGAAUUGACGCAAUUCAGGCUCAACUUAAGCAGAAUGGUAUCACGACUCUGGAUACGAAAGAAGUCUGGACAACAGAUAGUCAAGGAAUCCUUUCUGGAUAUCUACAAGAAAUGAAGAGAACGGCAAGAAUUUUCGUCGCAUUUCUCGGCACAAACUCGUCUUUAAUGACUCCUCGUUUCGCUCAAGCGAUGUUUGCCGCACAUUUGAGUCCAGAUGAAUAUGUGCCAAUUUAUAUGUUUCAUUACUCUCAAUAUUCAUCGGAUGAUAUGCCAUGGGGGACAAAUCUAACAUUAAAGAGGCUUUUCGCGAAUUCGAUUCUGAUCUACAACGAUUUCCCAAGCGAGUACCGGGAUGCUGCUCAAACAUUGGCCGUCAAUUCAUACAGUGAUGAAACCCAGCUCUUCUAUCUUCAACUCUAUGAAUCGGUGAUUGUUUAUGGACAAGCAAUUGGAUCAGUUAUCGCUAAUCAAUCGAAUGAAGAACCACUAGACUUCAGUGUCAGUCAAACAAUCGGAUCACAUUCGAUUCAAGGUCCAUUUGGUCAAAUCUAUUUCACCUCGCAGAAUAUUCGGUUAUCUCCAUUUAAGCCAUAUUAUGUCACAAAUGAUAACUUGACAAACGUGCUUCCACUUGGCACAAUCAUUGUCCAGAAUUCGACAAACUGUGGCAAUGAUACGUCUCCAUGUUUUUCAUUGACAGCGAUCUCAGCAUUGGAUCCGACAACGGCCGGACGCUUUCCUGCAAGUAUGCCUCCUUGUGGAUUCUCUGGAGAGCUUUGUGAUCAAACAAGCACUGUAAUCAUCAUUGCAGCUGUUAUGACAGCGAUUAUCAUUUGCAUUGUUUCUGUGUUAGCGAUUCGACGAAUGAGAUCCGGUGAAACAGCUUCAAUGCCAUGGGCGAUUCCGGUGAAUAUGGUUAAAAUGGUUGACGUUGAGUCAACAGCAAUUGGGAGCCAACAACUUUCCAUUCACAGUCUUCAGCAACAAUUAGAAGAUAAAGCAGCUGAGAGGAAACUGCGAGAAUCGUUGAAAUCCCGUCAAUUGGCUACAAUUGAUCAAGCAUAUGUGGUGGUGGAGAGUUACAGUUUGAAAGAGAAACUUGUUUUCAAUCGACACGAAAUGCAUUGGUUGUACUUGAUUAAGCAAAUGUCACACGAUAACCUCAAUGCUUUCAUGGGGCUCUGCUUUGAUCGAUCACAACAUCUAUUCGUUAUGUGGAGUCACUGUUUUCGUGGUACUUUAAAUGAUGUGAUCUUUGACUCAAAAAAAGACGAUGACGGUAUUCCGGCUUUCGAUAAUAAUUUCAAGGGUGCUUUUGUGAGAGAUAUUCUCAAGGGUCUUGACUUCAUCCACUCAUCUGGUCUCGUUUAUCAUGGAAUGUUAACCCCGACGAAUUGCCUCAUCGAUUCACACUGGAUUUUGAAGUUAUCCGGUUUUGGAAUGAGCAAAUUAUUGUUUCGAUGGAAAAAUAACUCGGUGAUCUCGACACUUGAUGGUGCACCGAUUAUAGCGAAUUCUGAACUUCACUACUAUGCACCUGAAUUUCGGAAAGCUUUAAAAACGAUGAUGUACACGAAUCGAGUCGAAGCAAUACAAUUGAAUCAAAAGCAGGGUCAAGGCGCCGAUAUCUACUCAUUUGGGAUGAUUCUCUAUGAAAUUCUUUUCCGAAGAAAAGCCGCCGAAAUUGACGAUGCGAUUCUAUCCGAUGAGGACAAUUUGAUUCUCUGUGAACAAGCUGAAGUACAGGUUCCUGUGUAUCCAACCCUUCCCGAAUCCAAUGAUGUUCACCCCGAUCUUAUCGGUUUAAUGCAUAAAUGUUGGUCGGGUAAAGUCGAACUUCGACCGGACACAAAUCUCGCAAGAAAGAUCACUGAUGCGACGCUGAAAAUGAGUGGAUCGCUAGUGGAUCAAAUGAUCAAAAAUCUUGAACAAUACACGAAUAAUUUGGAGAAUUUGGUAAAAGAGCGAACGGGUCAAUUGGAGGAUGAACAGAGGAAAGCCGAAGCAUUGCUCAGUGAAUUGUUACCAAAAACCGUCGCUGAUGAGCUGAAAGUUGGUCGACGAGUUGAUCCAAAAACUUACAAAUCGGCGACAAUUCUUUACUCAGACAUUGUCGGUUUCACCUCGUUGUGCUCUGAAUCACAACCGAUGGAGGUGGUGGCUCUCUUGUCAGGAAUGUUUCAAAGUUUCGACAAAAUCAUCGCUGAACACACUUGUUACAAGAUUGAAACAAUCGGUGAUGCUUACAUGGUUGCAUCGGGUGUGCCAAUUCCAAGUAAAACCGAUCACGUGAGAGACAUUGCCACAGUGGCUCUUCAGCAAAGAGAGUUCCUCUACGAUUUCGAGAUCCCGCAUCGACCUGGACAAUAUCUUCAUUGUCGAUGGGGUUUUAAUACAGGCCCAGUUUUUACAGGAGUUGUCGGAAUCAGUGCCCCAAGAUAUUGUGUUUUCGGGGAAACGGCUACAAUAGCUGCAAAGAUGGAAAACAGUGGACAGCCGGAUCGAAUCCAGAUUUCUUUCAAAAGCUAUCAAUUGUUGACAGCGAGAUUCCCUGAAUUCAAGUGCUCUCCAAGGGGAAGUGUCAAGAUUGAUGGAAUUGGCACUUUAUUGACUUAUUGGUUGGAUGGAGUUGAAGAGCUACUGAAAAGCUCUCGAGAUUCGUAUAAAGCGAUUUCAGCAAUGAUCGAAGCACAAGAUGCUGAUGAAAGACAACGAAUCCUAGCAAGUCGAAAGGAAAGCCUUCAAAAGCACGAUGAAGAAAUCUCUGAACUUUCAUCAAUUUCUUCAAUUGGACAAGACAACACAACUGUCCCAAUGGAAGAAAUCGAAAUGGCUCGUCUUGCUCAUCUCGAAGCAGCGAAAGCUGUCGAAGCUGUGACAGAGAAAGCAAUCGCUUCAUUUCAUAAUCCAUCGUUUCCUAUUCCAUCUUCCCUUGCAACUUGUUCAUUAGAAGCUCCUCAUCCAUUCCAAAGACCCCAUUCUCCAUUACAAGCACCCGGUGGACCGAGAGGGAAAACUUUGCCUCCUUUA